AUGACGAGCGCGCUGCUCCUCGCGCUGCUGCCGUCGGCCGGUGCCUUCGGUCCCGCGCCGCGCCGCCGCGCCGCGACGCGGGUGGCCGCGGCCGAGGCGCCGAGCAUGGACGAGGACUGGACCGAUUCCCAGUGGUCGAUGUACGCGUCGCAGAGCGGCCGCUGGGAGGGCGUCUGGACGACGUUCAACGACCAGGGCAUCGAGACCAUGAGCCACGAGGGCGUCUGGGACGUGCAGCUCGUGCCCUGCCCCGACGGCUCGGAGGGCGACGCGGCCGUGCACAAGCUCGAGGUGCCGACGCCGUCCGGCGCGCCGCGCGAGAUCCCCGUGGGCACGUACCGCGCGGGCGCGCUGGGCCGCCAGGUCUGCGCGGGCGCGGGCAUGUGCAGCGGGCCGAGCCUGCUGCGGAGCGGCCUCAUGUCGACGGAGCUGAUCCUCCGCCACGGCGCGAGCCGCUUGCGGGUCACGCUGCAGCACGCGCCGGCGGAGCCCGCGGAGGGCAGCGAGCUCGACGCGCCGGCCCUGCUCUGCUACCGCUGCGUCGUGAGCCGCGAGCGCUGCGACGGGUCGUUGGGCGCGCCGACGCGCGAGAUCGAGGCGAAGCGGUGGGACGACGUCGAGCGCGGGGCAGGAAAAGAGAGCGAAAUUCCCAACUUCAAAGGCUCCGAUCUCGGCCGCUUUCCACUCGUCGAGCGGCCCGCGGACGGCGACGACACGCACUUCUGGCGCGGCGUGAACCCCUGGGCCUGGCGGCGCAUCUGGGGCGGCGACGCGGCCGUGGCGACGGGCCGCGAGUCCCUCCAGCGGUUCCUCCUCGACGAGGUCGAGCCCGACGACCUGUGGCACGAGUUCAUGCGCACGGGCGAGGCGUCGUACAAUUUGGUGCUCCCGGGCGGCAUCCGCAUCCAGGCGCCCCAGGUCGUCCAGUCCUCGGUCCCCGCGCCCAUGCGCGUCGCCUGGAUGCCCAACGGCGACGAGCUGCUCCGCGCGGAGGCCGUCGUCGUCGCGCUCGAGCCCACGGACGACGACCGCCGCUUCCUCCCGCCGAAGCUCGUCACCUUCCGCGCGGACGCGCUCGUCAACAAGGGCGCCAAGCCCACGGACCCGACCUACGUCGACCCGCCGGAGGAGUUCGAUAACGCGGC